CAUAUAUUCUCAAACCCAGUACUGGUUUUCCAUAAGUAUAUAGUUAGUUUAUAUACUUGAAUAGUUUGAAAGCCUUAUUAUUAAGCUCACAUAUUUAUACUUCCAUGGCUUCCUCUAUUAGUACUCAUUUCUUCUUCCUAAUCACCCUCCCUACAUUUGUAAUAUUCGUGUUUUCGGGCUAUGCUACUGCACAGCUCUCUCCCACCUUCUAUGCAAGAAAUUGCCCUAAUUUUCAGAAUAUUGUUCGAAAUGGAAUGAACCAAGCUGUUAGGAGUGAUCGUAGGAUGGGUGCUUCUAUUCUUCGCUUGUUCUUCCAUGAUUGCUUUGUUAAUGGCUGUGACGCAUCCAUAUUGUUGGACGACACUGCGACCUUCACUGGCGAACAGAAUGCUUUUGCAAACCGGAAUUCAGCUCGUGGUUUCGAAGUGAUUGACUCCAUCAAAGCAAAUGUAGAAGCUGCCUGUAGUGGCACUGUGUCGUGUGCUGAUAUUUUGGCACUUGCCGCCCGUGAUGGAGUCGUCUUGUUGGGAGGGCCAUCUUGGACAGUCUCAUUCGGAAGAAGGGAUGCAAGAACAGCCAGUCAAACUCAAGCCAACAACGACAUACCGUCCCCAUUCUCCGACCUCGCCACUCUCACUUCCAACUUUGCCGCCAAAGGUUUAAACGCCCGAGACAUGACGGCGUUGUCGGGGGCCCAUACCAUCGGCUUCGCUCAGUGUUUCACCUUCCGCAACCGCAUAUACAACGCCACCAACAUCGACCCUGCAUUCGCCACCACCCGCAGGGCCACCUGCCCGGCUACCGGCGGCGACUCCAACUUGGCUCCCUUCGAUGCCACUCAGAACAACUUCGACAACAACUACUACAGGGCUCUUGUGGCUCGACGGGGGCUUCUCCGAUCGGACCAAGAGCUCUUCAACAAUGGUGCGCAGGAUGCGUUGGUCAGGACUUAUAGUACCAACCCUGCUGCUUUUAGAGCAGAUUUUGCUGCUGCUAUGGUGAAGCUGAGCAACCUUAGUCCUCUAACAGGGACUAAUGGGGAAAUCAGAAGAAACUGUGGGGUGGUUAAUUAAUUUACUAAUUUUCAUAUUAUGCUUUAUAUAAUGGAGUGGAGAACAAUGGGACUUUGUUACAGAAAAUAAAUGGACAAAGAUCUUGGUCCAAAAUUCACUCGCAUUAAUUGCUUGUUUGGAAAAAUAUUGGAGAAUAAAGUUGUUGUCUGAGUCUGAAGAGAUUUUGGCAUCACUAUUCUAA